AUGGCCAUCCGGAGGCGGCUCCUGCGCGUCCUCCGCCGUGCCAUCCCAAAGCCCAGACCCCCACCCACCCCCCGCCGCCGCUUCCUCCACACCCCCUCCAUCCUCGACGCCGUCGCCGCCGCCCCCUCCCCGUCGCCUAACCUCUUCUCGCGCAGCUCCGGCUCGCUCCCGCCGCUGAGCGCUGCGGCCGUCGUGGCGGAGUCCGCCCCGACCGCCGCCGCGUACCUACUCGAGCUAGCUGAGACAGUGCUCCCCGCGGCCCAGGUCGUCGCCGCGCUUCUCUCAGCAUGGGUGCACUGGAGGUCGACCCCUGAAGGCCCUCAUGGCAUGGUGCUCACGCUCGUCGGCGCCAAUGUCGCCGUCCACGCGCUCUGCCGCCUGGCGGAUCCCAGCUUCAAGAUGAACCAUUUCGCGACUUCGCUGGACAAUUACAACAGCGGCCGGCUGCACACAUUGCUCACCAGCGCUUUCACCCACAUACAUCUUGACCACCUCUUCAAAAACAUGAGCACCUUCUACUUCUUCGGCUCAGACAUUGCCGGCAUGUUUGGUCCUGCUUUUCUCUUAAAGUUGUAUGUAUCAGGAGCACUCACUGGAUCUGCAUUCUUCUUGGCAGAAAUGGCUUGUCUAGCUCCACGGGAAGAGGGUUUUGGAGGAUGGAAAACUCCUAUGCUUGGUGCAAGUGCUGCAGUUAGGGCAACAGUUUUUCUUGAGAUUUUUCUGUAUCCAAAGAGAAUGUUGUACUUACACUUCUGCAUUCCUGUUCCAGCUGCAAUAGCGGGAGCUGGUUUCAUUGGUGCUGAUUUGUGGAGGGUCAAGAAGGGUCAGAGUGGUGUGGCAGGUUCUGCUCAUUUAGGGGGCGCCUUUGUCGCAGCGCUUGUGUGGGCAAAAUUGAAGGGCUGGAUCUGAUCAUACAGCUUUACUCUUACUGAUGUGCUGCAAAUCCAAGGGCCAGCAUGCCUCCACAAUGGGGCCUCUUCGGAUUGAAAUCUGUUGUUAUUUGACUUGUGUGGGUCUGUGGGAUGACUCGUAGAACAUGCUACUCAUUAUCCUAGUUACUGAGGUAGAGGUCUUUAAACGAAGUCUAGAAUUCUAGAUAACAUCUUGCCAACAAAUUGGUCCAAUUGAUUUAUCUUCAAA